AUGAGAUAAGCUAAUAAUGUUUAAUUAAAGGAAGUAAUCAAAUUUUGAAAUGAAAUGCAUUACAAAAUUAGUAAUAGCCUCUCUAAAGAUUAGAUAACAAAAAAUAAAUUAUUAAAUUUACUGUUAACUCAAUUAUAUUACAAGAAUACAAAAAGGAAGAAGCCAAAUUAUUACUCAUUCUGAAGUAGCAACAGUAAAAUAUAAAAGAACAGAUAAAUUCAAAUUUAAAACAAAUCGUUUUUUUAUAAAACUACCUCAAAGCCAUUAGAAAUAGUUAAGUCUAUUUUCAAUAUGGAUUACAAAGGAGAUAUAUAUUUCGAUAAAGCAUUUUAGAAAAUGGUGCCUACAAAUUUUUUGAAGUUUUAGAGCAAUAUAUAAAGAUUUACUUAAACACUCGAUUUUUUAAUAUGGAGAAAAGGGGUCACAUCCAGAAGAAAAAGAGAUGGUAUCAAUAAUCAGGAAACUUAAUGUAUCAAACAACUAGCUAGGAAACUCUUAAUUAGAAUCCUUAUAUCUGA